AGCUGCUCUGUUUAUAAGCGCAGCACGGCACGUCUCUCCCUCUCUCUCUCUCUCUCUCUCUCUCUUCUCUUCUUCUUCUUCAAUUUUCCUCGCACCGUCGGCGAAGGCGAAGCGGAAGAGGCGGCGGAGCAGUAGCUAGUCUACUAGCUAGUAGUAGUAGCUCGCCGGCGAGCGGAGAGGAGGAGCCGAGGAGGAGGAGGAGCUUCGUGGCCGGCCGGGCCGCCAUGGAGAGCCGCAAGGAGGAGGAGCAGCAUGGGGGAGGAGGGGCGGUGGGGUGGAUGACGGUGCCGGCGUUCGGGGAGUGGGACAUGAAGAACGGCGCGGUGCCGGACUACUCCAUGGACUUCUCCAAGAUCCGGGAGAUGCGCAAGCAGAACAAGCGCGAGCUCUCCCGCGCCAGCCUCGGCGGGGACGACGACCUCCUCGCCGCGCAGCAGCACAAGGCCGCCGCGCCGCAGCCCGCCCCCAACGCCUCCGCCGCCGCCGACGACCACCGCCGGCCGCUCCACGCCGCCCACGACGACUCGCCCACGGGGAGGAAGAAGUUCCUUAGCUAUUUCCAGUGCUGUAUCAGAGCCUGAAGAACUGUGACCCUGCCCGUCGUGUUGGCGGCACGUAACUCCUGCGCAAAUAGCUCUUAGGUUUCUUGGGUACUGUAAAGUUUGCGUAAAUGUGUAAUCUCCACCUGCUCUGUAAUCUGUUGCUCUUUGCAGAGAAAAAAAGGGGACCGAUUGUGAACAAUGAAAAAGCGUAUUUGUUCAUGCUGUUUUUCGCAGAAUUGUUCGCGACUUCCGGUGCAGUAUCAUCGUCCUUUGAAAGGGAUAGGAUCCGAGGAUGUAUGAGUAUAACUUAUGAUUGAUUUGGUUCUUGGUUGGAGAAUAUAAUUUUCACCUGGUGACCUGUGAUGAUGAUAUGCUGGUUUGAUACUGA